GUCAGUUACCACCAGAGGUCCUAGUACCCCUGGUUGGGAACCACUGCGCUAGGCUAUUAUGCGUUAGCCGAUUUACUUUCAUUUUCAUAUUUGCAACUACCUAAAAAAUGGACACCGGACUACGAGAGAGGGCAGAAUUGUUUUUGCAGACUGAAGACAGUUUUAGGAUUAAUGCCUACAAUAUCAUCUGUGAAAUGGACAAACUACAAGGACCUAGGGAAUAUGUGGAUGAGAUGCUCCACAGCAUCUUCUUCUUAGGCUGGAUUCAUUCCCCCAAAUACACCCCCGAGAUGAUCCUUGGUGACCAUUUGUCUGAGAUGAUGGAGAAGAUAUUUCCACAACCGUUUGAGAGUUACACAAGGAAACUGCCAAAACGGACUCCAUUCUCCUGUGUGCUGGAUAUGGGGGACCCUGGUUUGAGGCGAGGAGAGGGAUGGAAGCAAUACUGUUACAUUGGUGCCGUUACCCGGAUCACUGGUUGCUGCGGAAAAGGAGGGUGGUCUCCUGGUUUGGACCAGACAAAAAGUCGGAAAUAUGGCAUGAAACUGCGGGAUAUCGCCAAUGUCAUGUCAGGGAAACACCGGUUCACCUCCUCAACCAUCUGCAUCUCUGAAAGUGGAGGGAGGUACUAUAGAGCGUCCAUGUCCUGCACGGGGAAGAAAGAGGGACAGAUUAUGAUCGCUGUGUCCUGUCUGUGUACCUGGCACUACGGUGUAUCCAAUGUCGUGAUGACAUACAAGCCAGAUAAGAACAAGAGAAAGAAUUUUGAUGGCACCAUGAAACUACAAGAGAAUGUCAAGUGCCAGGCUUCCAAUGUGAAGAGUGGGGAGAAGAUACCUCCUUGCAAGUCCUGUGGUAAUCUUUUUGGUCUGGAGAAACCAAGCAAUCAGAUGUGGCCCUAUGGGAACUGUGCAGAGGCAGAGAGCUUGAGCAAACUGCUCUAUGGAGAGGAAGAGAUUGUUAAGAAAGUAGUACCACCAGUUGAUUGCAAAAUGCGAGAGCAAGUGGUGAAGGAGGUAAAGGCUCACCUGGAAGAGAAGCUCCAAGAGUCAGAAUUUCAAUGGGAUUCUUCCUAUUACAUUCCACAGUAGAUUGUCAGAGAUGACUGGUAAACGCAUGUGCACACACACACACACACACACUACAUUUACAGAUAUACAGAUGCACAUUCCUACUGUGACACACUGAGAUCAAAAACAUUAAACAUAUAAUCAUAUCUUGGUGCAGGGCUAGCAACAUGUGAUUUGUGGCUGACAGCUAGCGUUGAAGCAUUGCCACUAUGUGCAUGUAGUAUACAGUAUAACUGCUAGGCUAUAGCUAUCAGCUCUUAUCAAUGACAUCUGUGAGGUAGAUGGUUCUUUUAGUGGGGGACUUUGAGAACUUACACUCAACAAAAUAAAAGUUAGAUAAUCAGGCCCCCAUUGAUCUUGUUAUAAUGUUUUAUCAUAAGAAUACAGCUUUAGCCUUGUAAAAAUGCAGGUAAUUGCAGGAAAUGUGCUUAAAAACGACAAAAUGUGUUCUCAGUUCCAUGGCAAAAUGUAUAGAAUUGCAGGAAAUGUUGCAUUAAAACUGUCACAUUUUAUUUCAGCUCCAGGCCAAAAUGUGUAGAAUGGCAGGAAAUUAGCUUUAAAACAAAAUGUUCUCUACACCAACCCAUAUGGUGGGUUGUGACUCAAAAGACACCUCCAUUUGUGGGUCACAAAUUUCCAAAACCCUGUUUGGAAAUCUCAAUGGAAAUACUGUAUUAUUCAUAAUUUGUUGGCUGUAUUUAAUUGAAUACUCUAGACAAAGCAUUUUACAUUAAACAUAUAUUAUUUUUAAUUGAUUUUAAACUUUACUUCUGCUGUAGGCAUUGAUGCACAUCUUACUCAUCUGUAACAAAUUAUUAAUACUGUAACCGUUGGUGUGAAUUAAUGUCUGGGUUGACUAAUAUGUGAGGAAUGAAUAUAAUAAAGGAGACUAUGAUAAAGGUG